GGAGAACUGCAAGAAGGGAGAGCCGGUGCCUCGAAAGCAGGAGGGAUUGAAAGGAAACAAGGCGGGGCGCGUCGAGAACCCCACCAAUCGUCGUGGUUAAGGCUGGGAGCCUUUCUUUCCUCGCCUUCCCGGAGUUGGAAAUCAAGGACGGCCACGGGAAUCGCGGGGCGGGGGUGUCACGGACUUGGCAAGAAUCGCUUGCAAUGAAGGUUAACAGUGGCGGUGCUUUGCUCUCAUGGUACAUGGUUCAAUAAUAAUAAUAAUUACUACUACUGAUAAGUGUAAUAAGGAAUCCUGUUGCUUUAUCUAAAGGAUCCAUUCCUUACAGGAAUCCUGUAUUGCUCGGUGCACGGUCGCAGGUAGUUAAGUGGAGUUACCGCUAAGUGGAGUUACCUUGGAGAAAGUCUUUCCGCCCAUCAGCGUUUACUGACGACUUUUGUCUGCCCGAAUCUUUUUUUCUUCAACGUUCAGCGUUCAGCGACUUACUCCCCUCCCCCGAGUUCUUUAAAGCGUUGAACGGAUCUCGGUCCCUCCCCACCCACCCACGCACUCUCACGCUUGUAUUCCGAUGCGGGUCGCGGUCGGAGCAAGGUCCCGUUGUUGUUGCUGCUGCUGCUGCCGUGCGUGGCUGAAACAUGGUCAAGAGGCCGGGGAAAAGAGCCCGAGCCCAGGAGGUGGAAGAGACGCUCUGUUGCUGCGAGUAUCUCAAUCGGAAGGGCCAAAGGAGCCACCUAGCGGCCUGUCUCUGCGAUUGCGAGGACCUCGACGAGUGCUGUGAAAGAUGGAUGACUUGCAAGACUUUACCUCCCGGAAUAUUGGAGAGAAUCACAGAAACCUUCACGGAUCGUUUCCGUUUUCCAUGGAUUCGAGGGGCUGUAAAGAUCGAUAUCAGCCUCCUUCCGCCAAUCAUCUUGCUUCCUUUUUUCCUUCACAUAGCAGCCUUGCACUUCCUUUUGGCCCUCAUUAUCCUGAUAUCGCUUCCUAUACUAGUACUAUGGUAUUACUACCUCACACAUAGGAAGAAAGGUCAGACUCUCUUUUUCUUAAGCCUGGGCCUAUUCUCCCUAGGUUAUAUGUACUAUGUAUUUCUCCAGGAAGUGGUUCCCAGGGGCCAUGUGGAAUACAGUCAGGUGGCUCUUCUUACUUGUGGGUUAAUUCUGAUGCUUGUAGCCCUACAUCGAGCCAAGAAAGAUCCUGGCUACCUUUUCAGCCAAAUGAACAGCGACAAAACACUUCGCCAAGACAGUUGCAGUAAUAACAUGUUCAAUAAGAAUGGCCUGGGAAACUCCAAUGGGCUUUGCAGAGUACCUGUCUUAGGUGUUGCUGUACACACUAACACUGAGAGCUACUCCGGAACAUUGGAAGCAGAGAAGAGUCAGGGCACAAAAGACUGGUGCACCAUAUGCCAGUUGGUUAGACCAGCUCGAGCUGGACAUUGCCGAAUAUGUGGCAGGUGUGUGAAGAGACUGGAUCAUCACUGUGUCUGGAUUAACAACUGUGUUGGAGAACAGAACCAUCAAGCUUUUGUCCUUGCCCUCUUCCUUUUUCUAGUCACUUCAAUGUAUGGAAUUUCUUUGACUUUGGAUACCAUUUGUAGGGGAAAAAACACUCUCAGUGCUCUGUUCUACUGUCCUGGUGUCUAUGGCGAAUACAGUUCAGCCCUGACAUUCACCUGUGUAUGGUAUUGCGCCAUUGUAACUUCUGGUAUGAGCUACAUCCUUUUUCUUCAGCUCUUGAAUAUCAGCUAUAACAUGACUGAGAGAGAAGCUCGCAUUGCAUUACGGGAGAAUACUGGAAGGAGGAUGUUAUGGGGCAUGAUGGUUGACACGGGCCAAUAUAAUCAAGGUUUUCUGUACAAUUGGAUCCAGUUUUUCACCUUGCGCUCAUCUGAUCUGCAGCAGUCUGCCGAAGAUGUCGUAUGAAGGAGUUUUUAAUUUAUUAACUUAACUUAACUUAUCAUGUAUCUAAAGGCAUUCUGGGCAAAUAGCUCUCAUUCUCUUGCAAAUGAAGACUGGAGCACAAAGAUCCUUUUAAGCCAUACAGCAAACUGCAAUACCACUUUCUCAAAAACAUGCACAUACCAAAUGUUUUGUAGGAAGACCUUGGUAUGAUUGAGAUGGUUUAUAUUCUUCACGCCAUACCUAUUAGUGUCAGGUGAGGAAACGGAAAUAUAAAAACAACCAUCACAAGUGAAAGAAGCAAUGACUUCCCUGUUGAGGUUAAUGUGACCUUGAGGUUUUAGCAUUUCCUUGAAGGCAGCUCAUACUUUUUGUUCUCGGCUCAUUCUGUGGCAUAUAUGGAUAUAUCAAUCAGGUGGUCAGAGUAUUAUGCUGGGAAGUUAUAGACUCUUUCUUUAUAUGUAGAAUAGCCCCCCAGGUACACCUCCCAGGAAAGAUUCAAGAAAUUUGACUCUAAAGAGGAGCAUUUAUUGUGAAGGCAAGGGUAUUCAACUCAGAAGAGUUUCAUACCACAAUCUGCUAUGUCAGUUAUGAAUUAGAUACAGUAUAAUAGUGUUGGAAGGGGCCUUGUAGGUCAUCUAAUCCAACCCCCCAGCCCACCCAAGCUGGAGACCUACACUAUUUCUGAAAGAUGGCAGUCCAGUCUCUUCUUGAAAGCUUCCAGUGAUGAAGCUCCCACAACGUCUGAAGGCAAGCCUGUUCCAUUGGUUGAAUCUCUUUGAUCCUGGGUUUUUUGUUUUGGUGGAGAAGCAGGUUGGUUAUAGGAGUGAUCCUGAUUUGCAAUUUUCUGGUUCUGAUUUUUCUAUGUGGAAUUCCUGUCGUCUUUGUACACCCCAAAUUUAACAGGCUGCAUUCUUAAUUUUAUGCAUUUCUCUGACGCAAAGGUAGUUAUUAACUGGAUAGUGGAGAAGGUUCUCAGUGUCGCUUAAUCAUGAUAUAUUGUAGCCAAAACACUUAAUUUUUUAAAAACUUUGCUAUAAACCGUGAAUUUUGUUAAUAGAUAUAAGGAAUUAAAAAGGGAACUUCCCUCAUUUUUGUGUUUUUACCAAAAAAAGGAAGAGCUCUCCAAUAUUGUACUCAUUAAUAUCUUCGCGUUAGACGAGCAGAGAUAUAUAAGUGCCUAUAGGAUGGGCUUUUUUUAAAGCUGUGAUUUGCAUAGCUGAUUUAAUAUUUUUUUCGUUACCUGCUUAACUUUGAGAAUAUGAUUGAUUUUAAUUAAUAUAUUUAUCCCUUGCCUUAAAAUGGCUCAUAAUGAACAACGUAAGAUCAGAAUUGCAAAAGCUAUUUCUGCAUGAAUGUAAGUGGUUUAUACAUUUAUAUGAACUGCCCAGAGUUACUGAGAGUCAGAUAGCGUAUAUAUUUUUUUUCCUUCAUUCGUGUCUGAUUCUCGAAGACUGCCUGGACAAGUCCCUGCAAUUUCCUUGAGAAGGCUUUUUUCAGGGGCCAUUGCCUCCUUCUCAGAGCUGAGAUAGUGACUAACCCAGGUCACCCAGCAGGCUUUGUGCCCAAGACAAGAAUAAAAGUCACACUAGAGCCUCCUGUAUCUAGCCUGAUGUUUUAACACCAAACUCUGAGUUCUCAUAUAUUUAAUUAAUAAAUGAAGUAGCUAGUAAAAGCCCUUAAAACAUCCAAAUUCAAAAAUAAUGUAAAAUCAACUACUUUUGAUUGAAAAUGAAUAUUGCAAAUUGCGCACGAUUAAAAUCGCAGCUGAUUAUGGAUCAUCAGCCUAAGCGUAAUCUUGUUUGAGGGCCUUAUAAAAAAAAUCCAUCAAACUGAAUUUUAUACAUUUUAAAUCAUACAAGUAUGAUUUGUAGGACUACAAUGCAAUCAAAUUGUAAAAAAGGUCCAAUUAUACCAAGAAAAAACAGUUUGGAGAACUAGGGAAUGUAGAAAAUGUAGCUCCAGUUCUUUUUCUCUGUUAUAAAGAUGAACAUAUGGUAGAUUAUUUUUUGCAGUUGUUGGCAUUUGCUAAA